UAGCACGAGAGCCUGCUUGCCUCCUAGACCAUGGAUGCUGUGCCAUGCUUGUGAUGUCUCUUGGCUGGAGUCCUCUGUCGCUGUCUUGUUUCUGCUUCGACCACAGUUUCACCACCACAAACCUGCACAAACCAGCCUAUACCCGAUACUCGCAAGCUAUAUCCUCCUGGAUCUACUUUCUUCCUGCCGGCCAUGGUCUCUUACACCCAACUCACGCAUGGUAACCUCCAAAGACACACGAACCUCCCUGGCCACAUCACAGGCCCCAACGCCGACAGCAACGGUUCUAUCCGGCAAGUCUGGCAGUACAACCUCGAUGCUGAAAUGUACAUGAUUCGCGAUCUUGUUGAGCGCUAUCCGUAUAUUGCCAUGGAUACCGAGUUUCCAGGGAUAGUUGCGCGGCCUAUGGGACAGUUUCGGAGUGCGAGUGAUUAUCGAUAUCAAGUCAUGCGAUGUAAUGUCGAUUUACUCAAGAUGAUCCAACUGGGAGUGACAUUUUGCGAUGAACACGGCAGGCAGCCUGAAGGUGCGAAUACAUGGCAAUUUAAUUUUGCAUUUUCCCUCAAUGAGGAUAUGUAUGCUGGCGACUCGAUUGCGCUCCUCAAGGAAGCUGGUAUUGAUUUUGUCAAGCAUCAAGAGCAUGGCAUCACGCAGCAGGCAUUUGGUGAACUCAUGAUCUCAUCAGGCCUUGUUUUAGCGCCUGAGGUCAAGUGGCUGACAUUUCAUGGUGGAUACGACUUUGGAUAUCUGCUCAAAGCACUCACAUCAACCGCACUGCCUACAACGGAGACUGACUUUUUGGCACUCUUGAGCUUGUAUUUUCCAAACUUCCACGACAUCAAGUAUACGGCACGCACGGUCAAGUCACUCAAAGGUGGCCUUGCAGAGAUUGCAGAAGACCUGAAUUGUCCGCGUCAUGGCGUUGCUCACCAAGCUGGCUCGGAUAGUCUACUCACUGCUCGCGUCUUCUUUGAGGUCUGGCGACAGUUCUAUCCGAAUGGCUUUCCAGAGGAGUUUAGCAAUAAGAUUCAUGGGAUCGGUAAGACAGACAUGACGAUGGCUGCACAGCAGGGACAGGUGCAGGGACAAGGUGGACAUGCUCAGCAGGGACACUCUCAACAGCAGCAACCUCAGCAGCAGCAACAGCCUGCCGCGGCCUACGGACAUGCUUCUGCGCCUGGAUCUGGUACAAAUCCGAUGAGUUCUCCCUUUUCGCAGUCUGGCAAGGCUAUCCAGGUGCGAUACUGAGAGCAGGAUGCCGCUGUCUCUUACUCGCUUCUAUGUAUCCAUAUCUCCCUCUCUGAUCGUAGCAUUGGCGUUUCUUUACUUUCUUUCACUUCCCCAAAUUUCA